GAUCAGAAAGGCUGGAUGGUGAGCUACAACGAUGAAACGCGCAUCCGCGUCGAGCGGCGCGAAGCCAGCGCGGCUUCAGGAUCACUUGUGCGUGUGCACAAUCACUUCGAGAAGAACGCCCUGAUAAGCUCCAAGGCGGGUCUGCGAGAGACCAUGGUCAGCUACUACCGAAGCCGCGGUCGGGAUCCUUUCGGCGCGAUCCCGCUGACCUUUGUGGUGCACGCAGGCUCCACCGAUCCUGAGUUUGUCAGGUGGCUGCAGGCCUUUGAGGACUUGCGGGCUACAAACCAGGCUGUCUGGUUGGUGAAGCCCGGAGACAAGGCUAACCAGGGAAAGGGCAUCGUGGUGUGUGACAGCAUGGAAGAGGUAAGGGAUGCGGUUGACAGCAAGAGCCGUGUCUGGGUCAUACAGAAGUACAUUGAGAGGCCGUUCCUCAUUCACAAGCGGAAGUUCGACAUCCGAUCGUACUGCCUUUUGGCUCAGGAUCCUGGCACAGGCGGGCUGUGCGGCUACUUCUACAAAAAGGCAUACCUUCGGACCACAAGUAGGAACUUCACGCUGGAUACGAAAGACUGCUUCGUUCAUCUGAACAAUGACGCCGUGCAGAAACACGGUGAGGGCUACGGCAAGUACGAGGCUGCCAACAAAAUGUCCCUUUCGGAAUUUCAGAGCUACCUCGACGCCCACCACGGCCGGGAGUGCCUGAGUAUCCAUACAGACCUGCUUCCUCAGAUGAAGGCCUUGAUGACGGACACGCUGCGG